AGAUUAUUAUCUAAUGUGUCUUUUUCAGCUUGCAAAAGAUCUAUUAUAUCAUUAGAAUUGGAUGUUUCAGGGAUAUUAUCAGUAUUGUUAUCAUCAUAUCGUAAAGGUAUUAAUGUUCUAGAAAAAAAAGCUUUAGAAGAUGACGCCUUGGAAGAAGAAGUUUUGGAAGUAGAAGUAUUCAAAAUAGAGGCUUUAGAAGUAGGAGAUCAUAAUUACACCAUAAUAGGAUCUGAUGAAGGAGUGGAUAAUAUUACUGAAAUGAUGGAUGAAGAAGAUAAUGAAUAUCAUGAAAUGAAAAAAUCCUAUGAAGAAAAGGCAGAAAGUGCCGAUGAAUCAAGUGAUAAAGGUUCAGAAAUUCUUUCUGAACCUAAAGAAGACGCAAAGCCAAAGAAAAAAGUUGCUGCUGAACAUAAAAAAAAGAUUACCAAUUUUUUUAGUUUUACAUCAACUGAAGAAGCUGACUCAAUUUUUGAAAAUAAAAACUCACCUACAAUAAGUGAAUCUAGCCAAGCCUCUGAAGAUGAAUUUAAUCCAUAA